UAUUGUUGGUUUGGUGGUUCAUUUCCUCCAGACAAGAUAUACAACAGAUACCUUUUUAAGACACUUUAUCAGACAGGUAGUACCAACUGGACAAGCUUAUGUAGCAUUCACAGUUGAAGAAACAAUAUACCUCGGAAUCUCGUAUAUUAAGCUAUUCGGUGUUUCUUUCUUUCCAAUACCAGUGAUUUUCUGAAACAUCGGACUCGCUCUUUUAGUGAAGUCAAAACUCAAUAGAGAAAACUUGAACUUUAUGGGAGAGAAAAUCCACAGUUUUCAUUUUUGUAGUUCGACAAGGAUAACUUCUUCUUGGUUGUAAGGACACAAGGAUUCAAAAAUAUAUGAUAACCUCCAGGCAAUUUGGCAUAGUUUGCAAAAAGCAUAUCGGUACACAGGAAGUAAACAUAAGAAGUAGAUAGAAUGGUUCUUAUUUUAUAACAGCGGAAAAUUUUUUAUCAGUUGUAGUCGUUAGAUACUUGUUAUUAUGAAAACCUUAUACAGUUUCAAGUCAUUCAAACAAUGGACAAAUGGAAUGAGUUGGUCUGGAAGACAUUUCGAAGAUUCGUGUCGAAAUGAAACGAGGAUUGGUAUGAAACCUUUUAGUGUAGGCUCGCCUAAAAAGAGGAAGAGAGGAGAUUCUGUACAGACAACAGUAGAAGAAACAUCGGCUGUUGAGAGUAGUCUUGACUCAAGAAAGGGUAUUAACUGUUUGCCACAAGAAUUGUUGGCAAACAUUUUUUCGUAUCUACCUCCAGAAGGAAUACCGGAGUGUUCCCUUGUGUGUAGGAAAUGGAGAGAGGCAACACAUGUGGAGGAUAACCUUUGGAGAAAACUAGCCUUUACUCGCUGGCCUUGUUAUGUUAAUUCGAAGAGAAAUCAGAGUUGGAGGAGUUUUUUUAUUUCUAAUUAUCGUUGUGAACGUUUGUCUGAGCGUUUUCCUUUCUUGAGUGAUGAAAUAGAAUUGGACGUGGCAAGUCUUUCUCUAGAUAAGGUUUUUUCCUGUGGUUGGCUUCCGUUGUGUCACAGUCAGAACGAGACACAACGAUAUAUUUUGGCUGGGACGAAAAAUCAUAAACUACUAGUCAUAGACUCUUCUCAACUAAGAAUGAACGUAUUUUCGCCUCCUUCAAUUUCCGUAACACCAAUAACCUUAUCUGAUCGAAGCGUUUCGUAUCCUUGUCAUGGCGGUAUUCGAGUGGUAUUAUUUCAUCCGUUAAAUGGAACAGUAGUUACCAGCGGAUGUUCUUCUCAUCAAAUGUUGUUAUGGGACGCUAAAAGUUUUCUUUCCAGUACGAAAUGUCCUAAGCCAUUGGCCGGUUUUUCGGAACAUUCUGAUUGGAUUUUUGCUGCAGAUUGGCUAAAUGACAGUGUGUUUGCGACUGCAGGAAGAGAUGGUAAAGUUUAUGCGUGGAACACGGAGCCAAAUGAAAGUGUCGUCGACAACAUACUGCUUGAAAGAAAUCCUUCAUAUGAGAGAGAAGAGGUUCCAAUUUUCAAAAGUAUUUCAAAAUUGGUAGAUCAUGGGAGUGAACGUAGAAUCCGAGAGAUUAAGAGUGACCCUUUUCAUAAGCAGUUUGGUAUCCUGUCUCUCUCGAAUGAAGAGGAUGGUGAGUUUCAAGUUUGGGAUGUGGAACAGAGGAAGUCUAUUAGUACCGUUCCUCUUUCAUCUUCUCGUGAUGCAGUUACUUUGGCAUAUUAUCCAGAAAGAAAUGUAUACUUUGUGGGAAGUCAUGUUCGUUUGUACAUGGUAGAUCCUCGAGCAGGAAGAAUUCAAAAGGCCUUGUAUUUCAUAAGUAAUUUGCAUGCUUCACAUAUACGAAGUCUCAUAGUCCGUUAUCAUAUGUUGACCAUUGGAUUCGGAACAGGAAGACUCUUUUUUUAUGACUUACGUAAGGAUAGUGAGAGUCUGGUUCGGAAUGGUCAUCGUGGACUUCGACUAGGUCGUGGCUGGGUUCGUCAAGAAAAUCAGACUGAUAGUCCUGGACCUCAUCUCAUUGAGGACUAUAAUCCGGCUGUAUACUGUAUGAGUUACACUGAAGAUGGACAGAAUCUUUUUAUAGGAGGUGGUCCACUACAGUUGAACCUUUAUGGUUCUUACGCGAGUUUCCUAAAAGUGAAUCCGGCACGAUUGGUACAGACGCAAAGACCUUGUUUAGAAGCCUAAUGAUAACUUCCGGUUUCCGUAUGGAACUUAUGUUUUGUUUUUACCAUUCUAUUCCAUUUUGCUCAAGUAAUCGACGUAAUUUUCGUUUCUUG